CGAUGGCCCCGCUGGCCCUGGCCAGAGCAGUCCCAUGUGCCCUGCUGGCCCUUGCGGUCCUCAGGGCGCCCACUUGGGCCUGUCUCCUCUGCUUCACCACCUUCGCGGAGCGCCUCCGCAUCUGCCAGAUGUUCACCGGGGUGGACAGCCCUGAGCUCCAGAAGUGCCAGGAGGUCUUUACGGCCGCCUUCCAGGGCCUCUCAGACAUCGAAAUCAACUACGAUGAGAGAAGCCACCUGCAUGACGCCUUCACCCAGAUGACCCACGCCCUGCAGGAGAUGGCCGCCGCCCAGGGGUCCUUUGAGGUUGCCUUCCCUGAUGCCGCUGAGAAAAUAAGGAAGGUCAUUACACAGCUUAAGGAAGUCCAGGCCUGCAUCCCUCCCUGCGGACUCCAGGAGGUCUCCCGGCGUUUCCGCUGCGGCGGGUGCUACUCUACGGUCUGCGACCUCCCGCUGGACUGCCCAGUUCAGGACGUGACGGUGACUCGGGGUGACCAGGCUGUGUUUUCUUGCGUCGUGAACUUCCAGCUGCCAGAGAAGGAGAUCACCUAUUCCUGGAAGUUCGCAGGAGGAGGUCUCCGGACUCAGGACUCGUCCUACUUCCGAGAGGUGCCGCGGGCCCACGGCUACCUGGCGCGGAUCCGGCCGGCGCAGCCCACCCACCGCGGGACCUUCUCCUGCGUGAUCGAGCACGACCGGCGCCCCCUGGCGCGGCUCUACUUCUUCCUGAACGUGACGGGCCCGCCCCCGCGCGGGGAGACCGAGCUCCAGCUCAGGUUCCGGGAAGUGCUUCGCUGGGCGCCGCGGGACGAGGAGAUGCUCGAGCCCUGGAGGCCGAGCUUGGGCGAGCUGCUGGCCAGGCCCGAGGCUCUGACGCUGAGCAACUUGUUCCUGCUCGCGGCUGUUGCAGCUGUCGCGUCAGCGUCUGCGACCCUGUUGGUGUGGAUGUUCUUUCGAUGGUACUUCAGCGGUAACUAA